GUUUGCGUCACCGCCUCGCAGAGCAGAAGAGGCGAGCGAGCUGGGGAGAGCGAGACAGUCCGGAGGGGAGGAGAGGCAGAGUCUGCAGACCCCCGCGGCUCUCCUCUCCACCACCCAUCCCUUUCCUCUCUCUCCUCCCUCGGCUUCCCUCUCUGCCCUUACCAUUCCCCCCGACCACCACCCCACUUAGCCAGAGCAAAAAGGUUAAGGGGAGCCCUUUCCCUUCCCCCCCUUCAAAAAAAAAACCAAACUUUUCCAGUCCGAGAGAGAAAGCGGGGGGACCGAGCGGGCACCCCGCUGGCCAUGGAGCUGCUGUGCGGCGAGAUGGACCGGGUCCGCAGGGCCGUGCCCGACGGCAACCUGCUGCGCGACGAGCGCGUCCUACAGAACUUGCUCACCAUCGAGGAGCGCUACCUCCCCCAGUGCUCCUACUUCAAGUGCGUGCAGAAGGACAUCCAGCCCUUCAUGCGCAGGAUGGUGGCCACCUGGAUGCUCGAGGUCUGUGAGGAGCAGAAGUGUGAGGAGGAGGUCUUCCCUUUGGCCAUGAAUUACCUGGACCGCUUCUUGGCUGGGGUUCCGACCCCUAAGACCCACCUUCAGCUCCUGGGUGCUGUUUGCAUGUUCCUGGCCUCCAAGCUCAAAGAGACCAUACCCUUGACGGCAGAAAAGUUGUGCAUUUAUACCGACAACUCCAUCAAGCCCGAGGAACUGCUGGAGUGGGAGCUGGUGGUGCUGGGGAAAUUGAAGUGGAACCUGGCUGCGGUCACUCCUCAUGACUUCAUCGAGCCCAUCCUGCGCAGGCUGCCCCAGGACAAUGAGAAGUUGCCUCUGAUCCGCAAGCAUGCCCAGACCUUCGUUGCUCUGUGUGCCACCGACUUUAAGUUCGCCAUGUACCCGCCAUCGAUGAUUGCGACUGGGAGUGUGGGAGCCGCCGUGUGCGGGCUGCAGCAGGACGAGGAAGUGAGCUCGCUCACCGCCGAUGCCCUGGUGGAGAUGCUGGCCAAGAUCACCAACACCGAUGUGGAUUGCCUCAAAGCCUGUCAGGAACAGAUUGAGGAGGUGCUGAUCAGCAACCUGCAGCAGUUUCAGGAAGCAGGAGAUGGAUCCAAGGAGGAGGAGGAAGUGGUGGACCAAGCCAGCACCCCUACAGACGUGCGUGAUAUUGACCUGUGAGAUGUCAGUCGGGCCGCAUGGGAGAGAUAUGCUCAAAUCUGUGCUCUCCUUCUCUCUGGUUAUUUUGUUCUUUAUGUUUUAGGGUGAAAUUAAAAAAAACACACACACACACACAAAAUUCUGCCCCUACCUAGAUCAUAUUGAAAGGUCUUUUAGAAGUGAGAGAAAAAGGUCUGAUAAAGCUGGAAUAAUUAAAAGCGUUUGGUGCCUAUUUGAAGUACGGUAGAAGGGAAUCCCUUGUGUAUUUGAACAGUUAUUGCUUGAUUAUGUUAAAAGUGGUAGUAAAAUGCUUACAGGUAUACUGCAGAGUAGCUAGAGAAAAUGUACACCUGCAUUAUGGGAAGAAAUUAGAGGAGACUUUUUUUCAUGUUAUGAACUAGCACAUAUACACCCCUACUAGGAUAACUUCCAACCACCGUGUAUACAUCUUACGGCAUUAGAUUGCUAAGCCAUGAACUUGAGAAGGAAUUGGAAACAAGGAUGGACACAGUGGGGAGGGAGGAUGAAACAAUCUCUCAGCGUGACUGAACCAUUUUGGAUGUAGAAGCACCUUUGGUCUUGACACCUAUGACUAAGUCAGGAUUAUUGCCAGAUCUCUAGUUAGGAACUCUUGCUGUCUACAGUAGCUGCUACCUAAAACAGAUGUUUUACUCCCCAGUUGGACACAGGUUAUUUGGACCUGGGUUUAUGUUUUUUUGACAUCUUGCUUCUUCUUCCAAACAUGGUUCAUCGCGUGUACCACCAUAUUUUGUCUAAAGGGGCAAUGUGGCUCUGGGCCAUUACCAAACCUCACAUGAAACAGAGGCAGAUGGAGACCAAGGGUGGGAUCUGGAAUGGAAUCUUGUAACACCUAAAGAGAGUUAUGUGACCCUGGCAUUCCUUAUUAGGAGAAAACUAAUUUUUGGUGCUGAUUGGCAUGUCUGGUCCACACUUUAGCGUUGUUAUAAACCAUUCCAUUCGAAAAGCACUUUGAAAAAUUGUUCCAGAGGGAUGGAUGGGAUGGUUUAUGCAAAUUAUACUGCGUAGACUCCUCCCUUCUUCUCUGGUGCCCUGCCCCCUCCCACCUGGUACUAGUCGCUUCUGGUAUCUGGCAUUCUCUGGUACACAGUUCUGGUGUCCCUCCUAGGAAUGGAGAGACAACCCUCUCUGCUGACAUUCCCAUCACAACAUUCCUCAGAAAAGCCUAAAAACAAAGAUCUGUUACCGUUUUGAUGGCAUGUAAGGAUCUUCACUCCCACCUAUAUUCUUCCCCUUUGGACACGAAAAGCAAUGACAGCUGAACAGCAGUGUGGCAUUUUGUUCCCUUUUACACUUUCUGUUAAUUAGUUGCAAAGUUGUUCAGUGUACUUGAAUUUUUUCCCCUCUCCACUUCUUAAACACAUUCAGUUAGCCAGGAGGUUGGAACAACAACAUUUUUUUUUUUUUUUUGCACAAUUAUAAUUGACAGGUAAUGAAGCUAUUUGUUAAAAUAUUUGCCUUUUUUUUUUUUAAGCAAAAAAAGAAAAAUCAGAACAGGGCUCCUUUGAAGAAUUGUUUUAUACACAGAUUCUGCCUUGUUUCAUAGUAUGGGGAUUGAAGAUGGAGAAAAACCUAAGGGUCUCUUAUUUUCAUUUUAUUAUGUUCAGUUUUUUUUAUUAUUACUUUUUUUUUUUUUUGCGCUGCUAAGAAGCUAAUUCAUCCUUAUUCACAUUAACAGUACUUAGCUGUAAUGUUUUUCACAGAGUGUGCUGCUAUUUUAUAAACAUUUUUAUAAUAUAUUAUUUUACUGCUUAAAUUCCAAGUCCUGAAGUAGAUGGUUGCUAUAUGAGUUCUUUGUACUGGAAAAGCCCUUUCAUAGUUUUUCUUCUGGUAGCAUAUUCACAGUUGGUGUUUUUUGGUUUUUUUUCCUUUUGGAUUUUUUUUUUUUUUCCUCUCUGGUCAUAUUCUUCAAAGACAGAGUAUUCUUUACCUCAGGUUUACUGGACAAACAUCAAUAGCUACAACAGAAAACAAUUCACAUUUUUGUUUUCAUAAUACCUCACAACCACACACACAGUUUCUGCUUGGAAGCCCAUGCGUGUGGAGAGAAGGCGGGAGGAGGCUGCGGGCAACGGGGUAGGUUUGGCCUGGGGCUCACACCCUGGGACCUUUUCAGUAAUGAAGGUCAUCAGGCUUCCAUUUUGACUCUGGUAUCCUCAUCAUGAUGGAAAAAAUGCAAUUGAACCAAGGGAUUCCCCCCUCCACACACACACACACACACAUGCAGACAUUCAGCACAGACAUUUAGGCAGUGGAUGAGGAAGCCAUGCUUUGCACUUAGGUAUCAGGAGACAGGCUAAAGCAUUCAGCAGGCUGCUUGGAGACCCUCAUCUUGCAGCCCUUCCGAAAGCAGGGCUUUCGUCGCUGGGGUCCUCUCAUCCUGCAGGGACCCUUCCCUCCCUCUCUUUCCCUGACAGGCAUCCGCAGGGGACAGUGACCACAGGGUUUUCUAGGUCUGAAUCUGCAGCUUGCAGUGUUGUGGGGAUUCCUCCCCCACUGGUCUCCGACGGGGCAGCAAGGCCAGGUCCUCUCCGAAGCAGCAGUACAUGUUUUUAGGUGCAAAUCGCAUUGAAUUGGGGAAAUAGGUAGGAUGAUCACUGGAUGGGAGUUGAAGGGGGCGUGGCGAGGCUGCUUCCUUACAGCUUCCUUACAGCGGUGCGAGUCCUGAUGCGGGAGAUUCUCACGGGGUGUUUAGAAGGUCAGGGACUCGAUGAGUUAGCAGAACCCUACAUUCUAGGGAGUUUCUGGUGGGGUAAUGGGUGGUGAGUUCUGAAUUCUGGAGAGGAAAGCUGUCAGGCGGUCUUUUAUGAAAAGCCCACUUUGCACAGGACACUCUGGCCACGAGGAGCCCGCAGCACAGAGAGAGGCUGGUCCGAGAGCUGGGGAGUGUCCGGGAGCCUAAAGACGAGAUGAGGGUACAAACCUACUCCCUAGUGACCAGCCCUGAAGCGCAGACAGAAGCAGCAGCAACUGAGAGAACCUGACGAGGAAGGAAACGGACUCCCUGCAGCCUAGAACUUCCUGCUUUUCCUCAGGCCCAGAUGCCCCGGGGCCUUCUAGUCUUUCCCGUCCUCCUCGGGGCCCAGGUGCUAGGUGUGGGCUGCUGCUGGGGAAGGUGCUAGUUGGUUUUCCUGCCUGUCCCCUCCUUUAAACAAGAGAAGGAGCUCAUCAUUUAAGUGGCUGAUACCCUCUCCUUGGAUCUUGGUUUCCUUGGUAGGAGAUUGUCUCAGAGAAGCUCAGUUUUCGUGGUUUUGUUUUUUUUUUUCUUUUUCACUUCCUACCUAAAGGGGUUUCAAACCUGUUCUGAACUUUUUCUACCUUAAAAACAAACAAAAGAAAUCUCUUCCUCCUCUCCGUCUUUUUGUUGUUUUUCUCCAUCAGUGGGGGCUAAGUUGUUCCCCAAGCUUGCCAAAUUUUGUUCCUCUCCCUGUUUUGGCCAAACCCUAGGUGGGGAAAAUCCUAGCAUGUCAAAAAUAUAUGCUAAGCAUAAUUUAAUUCCUGUGGGUUCAUAUCAGCCACGAAGCCUGCAGGUGGAAGCAGGGGACAGAUCCGCAGCAAGAGUCCCCGCUGCCCAGAGGACAACCCCUCAGAACGGCUGCUCUUAGAGGAGCCUGGGCUGGGUCUGCCCCCGGACCAACCGCUGAGGGCUCACCACGCCUGACAGCCAGGUCCUCCUCGGUCUACACGCUUUGUUCCAGAGGCUCUGUUCUGCCUCUGUCGUCCUGCCAGGGGACACAUGGCUCAGAGACUAGCAGGGGCUUAAGUGACAAAACUGGGGGAGGAAGCAAGUCUGACUGCAUCAGCCUCAUUCCCUCACUAGGGUAGGCUCUUCUCAGAGGGAGCCGUGGCUUUCCUGCAGUCUCCACACUGCCCUGGGGCUCUGGGGCGGGAGUUAAUAAGGACAUUAAGCAGGAUUGGAUGACUUCUCAAAGAGGGCAGGGGACUUUUCUCUCCAUGGCCCAAAGCCGGUAGGCCUGGGAGAAGAAAUAGACUUGCACCUUAUAUCAUGUAAAUAAUGAUUUUCUAGUUCAAGGAGAUGAUGUUGGUAGUAUGGGGAUGGAAGAUAGGGAUGGGAGGAGGUCUGAGUAAGCCAGCUGGCUUCUAAGCCGAAAGGAUUCCUCUUUGUUUAUCUUUGAGCCAGUCCAACCCUGAGAAUAGCUUUAAAAGGGAAAUCAAUGCUGAGACAGUCGAGUCCCCUUAAGCCAACAAACCAGCUAUAGAAAGUGCAGGCUUCCACUGCUAUGGGCUUGGACCCGUUCUCAAGAGCCGCUCAUGCCACUGUCCAUUUGUACAAAAUAGGGCAGGGAGACAGACUCAGAGGAUGUUUAUGACUUCCUCACGCCACAUGGUUUUUCACGAUUCUAGACUCUAAACCCAGAACAUCAUUCUGCCUAACUUUUUCAGAACUGUUCUCCUAUAUUUGUGUGCCUCUGCUUUAGGCUUGGCUGGGCUAUCAGACCUGAUUCUUGGCUCAGGUUUCAAGAAGCCAUCAGCAAAUGUAUCCAUGCACGCUGUAGCCGCAUCAUUUAUUCCUUUGCCUGCAGCCUAGGUUGGAGAAAUAAGUGCCUUACCGAGUGUAGCCGUUAUAGUAUUCCAUGUAUUUUAACAGGUGCCCGUCCUUUAAAAAGCAAGGUGGUGUUUUGUUGUCCGUGGAUUUCAGUUCUUAUUGCUAGCCGCCUCUUAAAUCCCCAGCAAACCAUCGGGCCAUUGGAUUUUUUCCAUUAUGUUCAUUACUCUUGUACCAUGUACCUCAGAUCUCUCUUUCUCUCAGUUACAGUUUCUCGUCUUGGACUUCCUUUAUUAUUAUUAUCAUUUUUUUCUUUGCUUUAAACGAGUGUGAUGCCAUUUCAAGUCCAUGUACUUCUCUCACAGUGUACUCUGUAAGAGGUGUGGGUGUUUAUUUGGUCGGGAUGCUAGCAAGUGCUGAAGUAGCGUGAUCAAUAUGAAAGGUUUUUAGGAAGUGUGGGGAAAUGUUUUAUUGGAUAUGGUGGUGACAUGGUAUAGUCAGUUGCCUCUGAAGAGGUCCUAUCUGUUCAGUGUUAAGUGAUCUUAAGAAAUAAUAACCUGUUAUUCUGACUAGCUUAAAGAUGAGUUUGGAAAUGGUUUUGGAUGUGAUUAGGAAAUGAUAUGUGGACAAUAAACUCACCUUGACCUAAA